GGACGGUGCUGGCAGCCCCACCGGCGCUUUGCGGCGGCUCAGGGCACCCCCGGGCACCCAUCGCAGCCCCCCAGCUGCCCACCCCGAAGUUCGAAGUUCGCCGGCAUGGCCAAAACUACCUCGCUGCGCUGCAGGGUGCUGGAGGGGAAGGACCUGCCCGCCAAGGACGUGUCCGGCUCCAGCGAUCCCUACUGCGUGGUCAAGGUGGACAACGAGGUGGUGGCCAGGACAGCCACGGUGUGGAAGAGCCUGAACCCUUUUUGGGGUGAGGAAAUCACACUGCUUCUGCCCCGUGGAUUCAACAACCUCACCAUCUACGUGCUGGAUGAAGACACCAUUGGGCAGGACGAUGUCAUUGGCAAGGUCUCGCUCAGCCACCAGCAGAUCUCGGCCGAGCCGCGGGGCAUUGACAGCUGGCUCAGCCUGGCACCUGUGAACCCCGACCAGGAGGUGCAGGGUGAGAUCCACCUGGAGCUGCGAGUCCCCGAGCGGGGCCACCCGCGGGUGCUGCGCUGCCACCUCAUCGAGGCCAGGGACCUGGCCCCCCGGGACCCCUCGGGCACCUCGGACCCCUUUGGCCGGGUGUCGUGCUGCGGGCACACGUUGGAGACAGCCGUGAUGAAGAAAACCCGGUUCCCUCGCUGGGAUGAGGUGCUGGAGUUCGAGCUGCCGGAAGGGGAGCUGGGAGAGGCUGUGCUCAGUGUGGAGGUUUGGGACUGGGACAUCGUGGGCAAGAACGACUUCCUGGGGCGGGUCGAGUUCUUCUUGGACACCCUCUGCCCAGGCCCCACCAGGGGCUGGUUCCAGCUCCUGCCCUUCCCCAGCACCACCGAGGACCACAGGGGACAGCUGGGUGCCCUGAGGCUGACAGUGAGGCUGCUGGAGGACACGGUUCUGCCCCUGCACCACUACCAGCCCCUCAUCCAGCUCCUCACCGAGCCCAUCCUCUGCCCGGCCCAGUCCCCCGAAGGUACAGCCCUGGCUGUCCUGGAGGAGGUGACCUCAGGGGAGAGCCGGCAGGACGUGGCCACCAAGUUGGUGAAGAUCUUCUUGGGCCAAGGGCUGGCUGUGCCCCUCCUGGACUACCUCACCACCCGUGAGCUGGCCAGGACCACUGAUCCCAACACCCUCUUCCGCUCCAACUCGCUGGCCUCCAAAUGCAUGGAGCAGUUCAUGAAGGUGGUGGGGCUGCCCUACCUGCACGAGGUCCUGAAGCCGGUGGUGAACCGCAUCUUUGAGGAGAAGAAAUAUGUGGAGCUGGACCCCAGCAAGAUGGAGCUGAGCUGGGGCAGGAGGAUCUCCUUCAAGGGAUCCCUGUCGCAGGCACAGGUGCGGGAGAGCAGCCUGGAGCUGCUGAAGGGCUACCUGGGGGACAUCGUCGAUGCCAUCGUGGGCUCGGCGGACCAGUGUCCCCUCCCCAUGAGGGUGGCCUUCAAGCAGCUCCGCAGGCGGGUGGAGGAGCGAUUCCCCUUGGCACAGCACGAGGAGGUCCGGUACUUCUCCAUCAGUGGGUUCCUCUUCCUUCGCUUCUUCGCUCCCGCUGUCCUCACCCCGAAGCUCUUCGGGCUCUGGGAGCAGCACGCGGAGCCCUGCACCGGCCGCACGCUCCUGCUGCUCGCCAAGGCUCUGCAGACCAUCGGGAACCUGGGGCUGCAGCUGGGGCAGGGCAAGGAGCCAUGGAUGGCCCCGCUGAACGCCGUCCUCCUGCCCAGUGUCACCCGUGUCCGGGCCUUCCUGGACGCCCUGGUGACCGUGGUGGACGAGGUGCCAGUGCCACUGGGACACUCCCAGCCCUCGGCCACCAUCAAGGAGGGUCCCCUGCACACCUGCCCAGAGGGGAGGGUGGCACUGCUGCCCCGCUUCGCCUUCAAGAAGAGGCACUUCAGGCUCAGCACCCAGGCCCUGGCCCAUGCCAAGGUGCCCCAGGGGCAGGUGCUCGGCUCCAUCCCAGUGGAGCAGAUCCGGGCAGUGGAGCAGGUGGACAAGGGCACCUUCCAGCACCCCCACGUCCUGCAGGUGCUGGCACAGGACAGCACCGGGCAGCUCCACACCACCUACCUCCAGUGCAAGAGCGCCCCGGAGCUGUGGCAGUGGCUGUGGGCGCUGCGCCGGGCCACCAGCGCCAACCGCGACAUGCUGCCCACCUGCCACCCCGGCGCCUUCCGCGCCGGCCGCUGGACCUGCUGCCUGCAGCCCACGCGUGCCGGUAGGACUGGGGGUCCCGUGGGCCCGGGGUGCCCGCCAGGGGGGUGUCGGUGUCGCCGUGUCCCCACUGCUGUCGUUGGCAGUGCCCGGCUGCAGCCGUACCCACGGCGCGGUGGCGCUGGGGGAGUGGAGCGAGCCCGGGGACCCCGCGGUGGCAGCGCAGAGCCUCUACGGGCACCUGCGGGCAGCGCUGGCCGGGGGUCCCGUGGGCAGCGCGGUGGCCGGGCCCCCCUGCCCGGGCCAGGCAGGGGGGCUCGCUGGGGACAGGCUGCAGGAGGUGCUGCGAGACCUGGACAUCGCCCACGACGCCUUCACCCACCGCGACGAGACCCCAGAGCCAGCCCAGAGCCCCCUCCCCGCCCCGAGACCCCCGGCACCCCCCAGCCUGCCCCCCUCAGCCCACCCCGGGAGGGGCAGGGCGGCCAGCGGGGCCACAGAGGGGACGCGGGGCCAGCAGCCCGGCGCGGGGUGUAUUCUGUAACACAGAGAUGUACAUGGCACCGGCUGUGCGCGGCUCCCUGGGGCAGCGGCGGGCGACACGGGUGACACGGGUGACACGGGCGGCACGGGUGGCACGGGUGGCACAGACGCGCAAAGAGGCCACGGGUAGAAAAAGACCACGACGCUAUCGCCACGAGAGCGGGGCGAGCCGGGACGGGACGGGGCGACAGACAGACGCACACGGGGACACGCGGUGGGUGGCACCGGGUGGCCCGGGACGGGGGACGAGCCCGCCGGGCGGGGCUGCGGUGAAGCGGCGCAGGCGGCGGUGGCACGGG